UUUAUUACGUGUACAAUAGGUAUUGAUGGCACUACAGUCCAUUGCACAUCAACCAACAAACUUUGAUCUAAAAAUCCUGAGUCUGGAACUCAUGACAAGRAUWUUGUCCCUUGGACCGAAUAUGUUGUACCCACAUCAUAGCAGCCUUGUUUUUCAUGGAAGUCUUCUUGUACAAUUGGACCACAACAGCAAUAGGUUUCCUGAUUUGUUUUGUGCUCAGUUUUCUCUUCUCAGCACAGCUUUGUUUCAUCACAAUGAAGCCGUAUUUAAAACAAUGCAUGUCUUCAUGGCAUGUGUAACAAAUAUGCUAAAUAGUCUGUGUCAUUACUGCAGUAUCAAAAUAGUUCGUAAAACUAAAAAGAGAAACCAGGAAACACAAACAAAGUGUGCAGACAAAAUGUCCAGAUUGUAUCAAGAAAUUUCAAGUCACAAAGCAACAAUAUCCAAGUAUAUCCCUUACAUGAUUACUGAAUACAUUCAACAAAUACAAGAACAUCAACUACAAGAACAAGUUAAGAAACUAUUGGAGGCAGGAAUUUAUUGUUUGAUUGAUGCAAGCGGUGAACAUGAAAUAGCUCUUCUUCACGCAACACUAGACAGAGGAUCACGUGAAUUAUUCACAACAUUGAUCAAUGAAUAUAAUAAAUUUUAUAAAUUUAAAGGAAAAGUUUGAAUUAAAACAAAUAAUAAUCUA